UACCUAACAUACCUAUAAUAGCAAUAUUGUAUUUUGUUACUUUUAUACUUUGUGAUGUAAAGGUUUCAUCAUACGUUUUUGAUUUGCGUGUCAUCUCUUGUGAUGAAACAAAUAUAGUCAUCCUGUAUUUGUACGUAGAUUGUGUACUCCUAAUCGCAGUUUUAGUUCAACAAAAGCGAUAUAAUUUUAUAAUAAAAUAAUUGGUAUUGACCAGUGGCCACUACUGAUAUGUCCGAAUCUAAGGAAGACGAGGUUAGAAUUCCGGAUGUGAUCAUUGACACUAAGAACAAUAAGAAAUAUCAGAAAUGCAGCUUCCUAGGAAAGGGUGGUUUUGCAAAAUGUUAUGAAAUUAUUGAUAUGAGAACCAAGGAGGUAUUUGCAGGAAAAAUUGUGUCUAAAAAAUAUCUUUUGAGACACAACCAAAAAGAUAAAAUGACCCAAGAAAUAUUUAUUCAUAAAAUAUUGAAAAACAAAAAUAUUGUUUCUUUUCAUAGUUUUUUCGAGGAUCAUGAUUUUGUUUAUAUUGUCUUAGAACUUUGUCGAAAAAGAUCUUUGAUGGAACUUCAUAAGAGAAGGAAAACACUUACUGAACCUGAAACCCGUUACUAUGUGUAUCAAAUUCUUGAAGGCACAUUAUAUCUACAUCAACAAAACAUUAUUCAUCGGGAUCUAAAAUUAGGGAAUUUAUUCUUAAAUGAUGAAAUGGAGGUUAAAAUAGGGGAUCUGGGUCUAGCUGCUAAAAUUGAAUAUGAUGGUGAACGUAAAAAAACUUUUUGUGGUACUCCAAACUAUAUUGCUCCAGAAAUUCUCAAAAAAACUGGUCAUAGCUUUGAAGUUGAUGUAUGGUCUAUUGGUUGUAUUAUGUAUACACUGUUAGUUGGAAAACCACCAUUUGAAACAAACUCUUUGAAAGAAACUUAUGCUCGAAUUACGCGUUGUGAUUAUAAUAUACCUUCUCAUUUAAAUAAGAAUGCCAGUACUCUUAUUGAAAAAAUUCUCCAAUCUGACCCUAAAAAACGUCCUGUAAUUUCUGAAAUAAUGAAAGCUGACUUCUUUACAACUGGUUAUAUGCCUAAAAAGUUGCCACCAUCUUGCCUAACUAUGGCUCCUCGCUUUGAUUCUAUUAACUACAGAGAAUCAAUUUCUUAUCGUAAACCACUAAUUGAACUCAACAGUCCAAAAACUUCUGUCAUUAAGACUGCUUCAAAACCUCAAGACUCAGUUUUCAAAUCCCCGGUGUUGAAUGUGCCAAGCAAACCUUCUAUUGGAAAUGGUGUAUCUAAAAUUGACUGUAAAAAUUAUAUGAUUUCUCUUGAAAAAGAAUUGAGCAAUCUAUUGAAGUGUAAACCAUCUAGAACUAGAAUGAGAAACAUGGAAGAAACUACUGAUCCAGUUGCUCAACCUUUAAUUUGGGUUAGUAAGUGGGUUGACUAUUCUGAUAAAUAUGGAUUUGGUUAUGAAUUAUCCGAUGACUGUGUAGGUGUCAUGUUUAAUGAUUUUACCCGAAUUGUACUAUUGGCUAAUUUAAAGGAUGUACAUUAUAUAGAAAGAAAUGGCUCUGAACAAUACUAUACUAUUGAUCAUACACCUCAAACACUGGAAAAGAAAAUGAAAUUAUUAAUGUACUUUAGGCGGUACAUGAAUGAUCAUCUUAUCAAAGCUGGAGCAGAUAUAUUAGCUAAAGAUACAGAUCAGUUGAGUCGUACUCCAUAUUUGUACCAGUGGUAUAGAUCUAAUUCAUCAGUUAUUUUGCAACUCACGAAUGGGACUCUACAAAUAAACUUCACAGAUCAUACAAAAGUUAUAUUGUGUCCAUUAAUGAAUGCUGUGACUUUUGUUGAAGAAAAUAUUUUUCGUACAUACCGGUUUAAUACAAUUGCAGAAUAUGGCUGUAGUCCUGAAUUUGAAAAGUGCCUAGAAUAUGCUCACAAGAAAAUUGUUUCUAUUUUGAAAGAUCACCAAUAAUAAUUUACUAGUAUUUUUGUUUUUAAAUUCAGAAUAUUAAUUUAUGUUUAAAAAUUUAUAAGUUAAAUUCCAAAGGCCUUUUAUAGAUAGUAAAUUAUUUUUGUUAUUAGAUGAAUUAUACUAUAAUUUAUGUUUUUUUUUUAAUACUAAAUUCAUAUUUAUUUAAUAAUAAUUUUGUUUUUGUUAAAACUUAAAAAAUAUACCUACUUUAUUGUACAAAAAAAAAAAAAUG